GGGUAAUUCUCUUAGGAUCACAAUCCUUUCUCACAAAUGGGGCACAUCACAAGAUGAGCUCGGAGCAGAUUCUCAAGAGUCCAAAGCAUUAUCCCUCAAUGUACUUGUUUACAAGUACGUUUACUGAAUAUUGUUGCCGAAAUAAUACUUUGGUGACCCAUCCUUUUCGUUGCCGCAAACAAAAGUCGCAAGUGGAUAGUUUUCAAGGCAACUGGCUAUUUUGUAAAGGAAAACGAAAAUUAUUCGUUGGUAUACCCUUGAAUAGAAAGUACUUGGUAGAAGAGAAGAAAGAAAUUUCCACACUAGGAGAAAUUAUCACUAGUAUAUAUAUGGACGAUAUUGCGGAAACCAAUUUGGUUAGUUGGAAAGAAGUCGGUGUGACAACUGGCCAAGAAAAGACGUUGACAAACACCUCAAAGACUGAAACGAAGAAAUACAAACUGCCUGAGGAAGUCAGAAGAAAAAUAUCGAUGGCUAUGAUUGGACGGAAAAAGUCGAAAGCUGCUAGAGCAGCCAUGUCUAUGGCUAAGAAGGGUAUGGUUUCACCCAAUAAAGGUCAUAAACUGACCAUCGAGGCUCGUGCAAGGCUCUCUUUAUCUAUGCUGGGAAGAAGAGCUUGGAAUAAAGGUAGAAAGUUGUCGAUGAAGCAUAAAGUUGCUAUUGCCAACUCGCUUUCGAAUAGAAGCUUAUCACAGGAACAUCGACAAAAGUUGCGAGUAGCAAGAUUGAGACCAACGGAUCGUAUAUUGAGUUCCAAUGUGAUAUGCUCAAAAGUACAGAAAAAGCUAGAGUCAAGUCAAGAUAGGAAAGAUUCUUUUUAUGCAGAAGAAAGGCAGGGACGAGUGGAUCAUACAGAAUGGCCACUGUUGACAACACAAGAGAUUAAUGAGUAUGUUUCCUUAAGAAGAGAACUUCGGGUAUGGAGUGAGAAGUUCAGUUUGGAUGGAGGCAGCACUCCAUCUAUGUCGACUCUCAGAAGAAAGGCUCCCAAAGCAAUUUUGAAAAAAUAUGAAAAGUAUUUAGAGUAUCGAGAACGUUUCCGAGGUUUGGCCUUUGAUGUUUAUGGAAAGAUUGCCCCUGGUUCCGUUUCGGUUUCUCCUCGGGGAGGAAGAUGGAGAAGAACUCAACCGAAUAAGUGUUCUGAUGAAUCUUCUUCCGUCAUAGAAAGUUCUCCUCCAGAACUUCUUGAUUCUUCGUUGUGUCAUUGCGAAGAAAUUCAGAAAUAUGUUGCGUCUAAUCCUACUAAUCAUGCUUCCAUAUAUUUGACUCCGAGUGCCUAUCGUAUAUUAGGUCGGUAUAGGUUGUUAGAGACUCACGAUAUUCAUGAGUUCGUCGCUCUUCGAAAGGACUUGAGGAGCUGGUCUAAUUCAUAUUUUGAAGAGCAUGGCAGAAGACCAACAUUGCGAGAUGCAGAAAAAAAUCUUUGCAGUGAAUCUCUAAAGAAGUUCAAAAGAUAUAUUGAAAUAAGAGAGCAAAUUCAAGGUUUGGUGCGAGAGACCUUUGGCAUUGAACAACUGGAUAUGAACUCUAUCGAAGCAAUGACGGAAACAAGUUUGCAAAUUUUAAAAAGUUUGAAAUUUGCUCCUUCAGAUGCGAAUAUGAAAGAUAUUUUAGGAAUGGAUUCAACAAAGUAGGUGUUCCAAGCUAUGGUGGAGAAAGGAUGAUUAUAACAACUCGUCGAUUUCAAAUGUAGAAUAAUAUCCUCAAAACUAUUCACAUAUAUCUCAAUCUAUAGGAAUAAGUGACUUUCAAAGUGCAAUAUCGAUUUUUAUUUGGUUUAUAUAUUCCAUAAAUGAAGGCUUUACAAAGUUA